AUGACGCCCACAUGGAAUCAGCCAUUCUGGCUGGCUUACUUCCUCUUCUCGAUCUUUGCGUCUCUGGUCUUUGCCAGCAAACAAUGCGAGUCCUCUCGAUACGAACACAAGCACCGUGUUUUUGUCCUCACCGACAUGAGCAAUGAACAAGACGACCAGAUGAGCCUCGUCCGUUUCCUUACCUACGCAAACGAGUUAGACGUCCAAGGCAUUGCAGCGAUAACUUCGACCUGGCUGCGAAACCGUACGGAUGCCGAUACCAUCCAGGAGGUCAUCCGAGGGUAUGGCGAGGUGGUCGAUAACCUCAACAGCAAUGUACCUGCCGACGCUACGUAUCCCUCGGCCGAGGAUCUUUUGGGCAAGGUGUCCAGUGGCCACGCGGCUUAUGGUCUUGCGUCCCUCAAGCAGAACAACUUGAGCAGCGCAGCUGUAGCACUAGUCCAAGCCGCCGACGAAUCGAGCGACACUGAUCCGCUAUGGGUGUCAGUCUGGGGCGGAGCAGCUGUUCUGGCUGAAGCCCUCCAACACGUUUCGUCAACGCGCGAGGCUGAUGCUGUCAGCAAAUUCGUUGACACUCUCCGAGUCUACUCAAUCUCAGACCAAGAUGAUGCCGGGCCUUGGAUUCGCGAUCGGUUCCCCAAAUUGUUCUACAUUGUCUCUCUUCACGGCUGGAACGAAUACACGCAACCGACUUGGAUCGGCAUUUCGGGAGAAGAGUAUCGCCACUUUGAUAAAGGCGGUCCGAACACUGAAAUUGUCUCCAACGAUUGGCUGCAGAAGCACAUCCGCAUCGGACCUCUAGGUUCGCACUACCUCAACUGGACCUUCAUCAUGGAGGGCGACACCCCUGCCUUUUUGUCCCUCGUCCAAAAUGGACUCGGAGAUAUUGACAAUCCUCAGUGGGGUGGUUGGGGCGGCCGGUACUCCUUGCUAGACACAUCUACAGCAGAUGGGGGCCGCAGGUUGUACAGCGAUACUGCGGAUUAUGUCCGUGGCGCGAAUGGGGAGGCGUUCUCAAGCAAAUACGCGACCAUUUGGCGAUGGAGAGAGGAUUUUCAGCACGAUUUUGCUUCCCGGAUGCAGUGGACUGUCAACGGGGAAUUUGGCGAAAACAACCACCAGCCGGUCGCUGUUGUCAAUGGCUCUUGCGGGCCGUCAAGUUUCCAAGUUGAGUACCAGUUUGGUGAAAGCCUGGUCUUUGAUGCGGCUGAGAGCUGGGACCCAGACUCCGAUGCCCUGUCUUUUGAAUGGUUCCAUUAUCGCGAAGCGACUGGUAGGGACUUGGAAGGGUUCACUAUUCCCUUGGUCAGUCAGAACAUGGAUAUCGCAAACUUGACUGCGGAUGGCAGCGCCGUGAGGGUUGAGCCACUCAAGAAUCAGGCAAGUCUUUAUCUGUGUUAUGGCAUUUCAAAGUCUUUGAUAACAAAUGAGAUUUGA